CGAAUGUAAACGCCUAUUGGAUUAUCGGUGACUUUUGGGGAGGAUGUCACCAAAAUACACAAUAACAACACGAUAUCUUGUUAUUACAAUACCUAUUAAAAUAAUAAAUUAACAAAAUGGAUACAUCUCAUUUGUGCCGGAGCUGUAUGAAGGAAGUGGCAUCGUGGGAGCUUGAGAAUUUCGACCAGCGGGCCGUCUACAUGUUCACACAUUGCACUAAUAUUCAGAUUCCGGAAAAUGAUAUACUACCCAAGCAAUUCUGCUAUGAUUGCACAAUAAAAAUAGAAUCAUUGUACACAUUUAUAAAAGAGGCUCAACAUGUGAACGAGACUCUCACGAACCUCCUGACUCAACGGACCGUUAUAGUGGAGCCCAUAAAGCGUUCAGAACACAAUGAUGAACCAGAUGUUGAAGUCUCCACAUUUGAACCUGAAGACACAAUCACCGAUGAACCUACAAGUAACACAACAGAAAAUAAAGUAAAAACGCAAUUGAAGAAAGAGACGGUGUCGCAUCAGAAACAUGUCUGUACUGUGUGUAAGAAGAUCUUUCUGUCCAAAGUGUGGUUUGAGAAGCAUAUGAGGAAUCAGCAUAAUGGGAAAGUCUACAGCUGUCCACAAUGCCCUAAGACAUUCCAGCGUCCAUCCCAGCUGUCCGUGCACGCGGUGACGCACUCGUCUGAGCGGCGGUACGCGUGCUCCUGCGGCAAGCGCUACAAGCGACGCAAGGAGCUGGCACAACACGCGCGCACUCAUGCGGCGGCGCGCCCCUACCAGUGCGACCACUGUAACAUGAGUUUCAAGUUGAAGAGUGUGUUGAAGAGCCAUCUAGUAGUACAUACACCCGACAAGCCCCAUCUCUGCUACAUCUGCGGCUGGAGUUUCAAACAGGCGGGCAACCUCGCGGUGCACAUGCGCACGCACACGGGUGCGAAGCCCCACGCGUGCGCGUGCGGCUUCCGCGCGGCGUGCGCCUCCAGCCUGCGCCGCCACGAGGCGCGCCACCGCGCACGGGCGCUCGCCUGCCGCAAGUGCGACAAGCGCUUCUAUGACAACACUGCUCUGACUCGGCACUUGCGGUCCCACACGGGCGCGCGGCCGUACCAGUGCCCGGCGUGCGCGCGCUCGUUCGCGGACAGCUGGAAGCGCAAGCUGCACCUCAUGCGCGCGCACCGCGUGCCGCUCGCGCGUAUCCCGCGCAUGCGCGCCGACCCCAGCGUGCGCGUGUGCCCGUGAACACUGUCUACUGCUGCGGAACCUGACUAAUUAAUCGUCAUAAUUUUGAGGCGUUAUAAAAGUUACGUUGCUGAAUAUUGGUAUAGUAUUAGAUCAGACGCACGCAGGUCUCAUUUUAGGUGAAAUCAGCCGCACGCGUCCGCGCCAAUAGCGUUGCUUAUUAUACUACUUUUCGUUACCUGCUCACCCGCUCCGUGCAACCGCGUCGGCGAUAUCAUAAGAAAAAAAAGAAUAUACACCGUGUUUUUUUUGAUUUCCGUUAAUUUCAAGGGUGCAUUCCUGAGCUUAAAUCAAGUAACUUUCUCAAAGACACCGAUAUUCUAAUUAACUCCAUUUCGGAGAUAAUCAAUAAUUUAUUUUUUUCCUAUAAGGCCUCUACAAGCGUGUACACUUGCCUUAGGGCUGGUUUACAUAUUGAUUAGUGUUUAGAAUGAGUUCAUACAUUUGCUACUAAACUUAAGUACAAUCUCGGUCGAUCGAUGUUCGAAAUGACAUUGAUAUGUCAAAGAUUUCAAUUGUUUGGUUGAGUUAAAUGUAAUGCCCGUGUUAUAACAACGCUAUAAUUAUGCUACAUUUAAUUACUUUUUAAACUUAAUUUUUUUGUAAAAAGAAAACAAAAAAUAAUUUUAUUUUUUGAAAAUUAACUAUGCCAUUUAGUUAUCUUAAAUGUACUUAACCAUACCCCGAAGUUAACGGAAUUCAAUAAAAACACGGUGUAUAUCUCGAAAAAAAAUUUGUUCGUAAUAUGUAAUUUAUC